AUGCCGGUGAUGCGGGGUCUGAUCGCGCCCCAGAACACCUUCCUGGACACCAUCGCGACGCGCUUCGACGGGACCCACAGUAACUUCGUCCUCGGCAACGCUCAGGUCCAGUCUCUCUAUCCCAUCGUCUACUGCUCCGAUGGUUUCUGCGAGUUGACCGGCUUCGCCCGCGGCGAGCUCAUGCAGAAGAGCUGCAUGUGUCACUUCCUGUACGGCAGCGAGACCAGCGACCGCCUCACGUCACAGAUGCAGAAGGCUCUGGAUGAACGGCGCGAGUUCAAGACUGAGAUCAUCCUGUACAAGAAGAGCGGCUCCAAGUUCUGGUGUCUGCUGGACAUAGUCCCCAUCAAGAAUGAGAAGAGCGAGGUGGUUCUGUUCCUGGUCUCGCACAAGGACAUCACAGAAAAUAAGGACCUGGACCACGGCAAUGAAUCUGACACCGAUGAGGAAACCGGUUUGGAGAUCCACCAGAUCAGCCGGCCUCCAGGCUUCAGCGUGGAGCGGCGGCGCAGUCGGGCCGUCCUCUACCAGCUGUCCGGACACCUGCAGAAACAGGACAAGACCAAGAGCAAGCUGAAGAUCAACAACAGUGUUCUGGGAGCCAAUGCGAACCCGGUCCCAGAGUACAAGGUGGCCGACAUCCAGAAGUCCCGCUUCAUCCUCCUCCACUAUGGUGCGUUCAAGGCCGGCUGGGAUUGGCUGAUCCUGCUGGCCACCUUCUACGUGGCCAUCACUGUUCCCUACAACGUCUGCUUCACCGCCGUGGAGGUACGAGAGGACGGCGGCUCGGCGGCUCGAAACCCUCCGAGCGUCAGCGACAUCUUGGUGGAGAUCCUGUUCAUCAUCGAUAUCGUGCUGAACUUCCGAACAACCUACGUGAGCACGUCCGGCCAGGUGGUGUACGACGCCCGCUCCAUAUGCAUCCACUACGUCACGUCGUGGCUGUUCGUUGACCUGAUCGCCGCCUUGCCCUUUGACCUGCUCUACGCCUUCAACAUCAGUGUGAACUUCGGGGUUCACCUGCUGAAGACGGUGCGCCUCCUUCGCCUGCUUCGCCUCCUGCAGAAGCUGGACCGCUACUCCCAGUACAGCGCCGUGGUCCUCACGCUGCUCAUGUCCACCUUCGCCCUGCUGGCCCACUGGAUGGCCUGCGUCUGGUACUUCAUCGGACGCAGCGAGAUCGAGAGCAACAGCCCGGCCUCGUGGGACAUAGGCUGGCUCCACGAACUGGCCAAGCGCUUGGGAACGCCAUACUUCCUGGCGCCGCUGACCUCCCUGCUGGGAGUCUCCGAUUCACCUCCAGGCGCCAUGACGGCCGGACUGACCAAUUACAGCCAGUGGAACGGCUCGAGCGGGGCGGGUUUGCUGGGCUCGGGCCAAUGGAACGGCAGCAGGCCCAGAGCCAGGACGCCCAGCGGCUCGGGGACGACGCUGGGCGGCGGCCCGUCCGUCAGGAGCUCCUACGUGACGUCGCUGUACUUUGCUCUGAGCAGUCUGACCAGCGUCGGCUUCGGCAACGUCUCGGCCAACACAGACUCCGAGAAGAUCUUCUCCAUCUGCACCAUGCUGAUCGGAGCGUUGAUGCACGCCGUGGUGUUUGGUAACGUGACCGCCAUCAUCCAGAGGAUGUAUUCGCGCCGGUCCCUCUACCACACCCGCACCAAGGACCUGAAGGACUUCAUCCGAGUGCACCGGCUGCCCAAAGCUCUGGAGCAGCGCAUGAUGGAGUGUUUCCAGACGACCUGGUCCGUCAACAACGGCAUCGACGUCAGCGAGCUGCUGAAGGACUUCCCCGACGAGCUGAGGGCCGACAUCGCCAUGCACCUGAACAAGGAGCUGCUGCAGCUGCCGCUCUUCGAGUCGGCCAGCAGGGGGUGUCUGCGCUCGCUCUCCCUCAGCAUCAAGACGUCGUUCUGCGCUCCGGGGGAGUUCCUGAUCCGCCAGGGCGACGCUCUGCAGGCCAUCUACUUCGUGUGCUCGGGCUCCAUGGAGGUGCUGAAGGACAACACCGUGCUGGCCAUUCUGG